GGUGCGAUCCCAAGACAACGUUGGCUACGGACGAAAGUAAGCUCGUGUUCAUGGAAUCUGUCCGGGCACAUCUAUUGAGAGUUCAUGAAAUCUAUUAUCCAAGCCCAAAAGUCUGUCUCUCUCCGGUAUGCAGGAAAGCACACGAGUCAUCAAGUGCAUCGUUGAAGCGGAUCGGAUCAAGUUCCAACGUUGAUCUAUUUUUCAAGCAUACAGAUCCUAGUCGGUCUUCUGAGAUCACUAUACCUCCUACUGCCCCUUAA